CUUUCACUGGCCUCUGUGUUGUGAAGACUUUGGUGAUUGGUUCAAUACAGUUCAUUUGUAAUUUAUGGAACAGUUUUGUGUGAUUGCUUUAUUUUUCUUCAACCAAAGCAGAGAAACAGUGAUUUUACGUGGCUCUGUUCCAGUCUUUAUGCUUACAUUUUAUAGCUCUCACAAAGGAGCUACUGUUGGCCGUUAAGUUUUGUUGUGCCAUGCAGUUUGUCUGCACGUAGAAAAUAACUUAGCAGUUUUGCAUUGGCUCUACAGUACUAUGACAGUGUUGGAUAAAUGAAGAUCUGUAACAUACACGAACAUGGGAGCAACAACUUAAUGCAAAAAGGGGUGAAGGUGGGAAGCAGCUACACUUUUCGUCUCUCUCCUUUUUACUCUCGUGUUUUUCAUUGGUAGCAGAACAAGUAAAAUAAAAAUGGACCAGCUGUGUAAAAAGUGUGUGAAGUUGCUUCAGGAUUUUGUCUCUCUUGUGAAGAGGAUAGCCUCAAGUCUGAUACAGAACAUUAAGGAGUAUUUAAUUCUAAUAAGUAAAUGUUCCUGCCUAAAACAAAAGGGCUCUGAAUCCAGACAGCUAUACAAUCCUGUCCUUCAGCCACAUGAAAAGGAGACGGCAAGAGAGUUUCUGCAACACAUUGAAACAGGCUUUCAGAUGUCACCAUUUGGAAAAGACUCCUUGGAAGCUCUGAGGACCUUAGCAUUUUCAGAGAACCCUGCUUUACAGCAGUCUGCUGCUCUGUAUUACUUGCAUAUGAGUCAGCACCUGAACAUCCAGCUGCCUGCUGAGCAUCUGGAACCCUAUUACGCUUUACUACAGUCCAGUGACAUGGAUGUAUAUUUCUUGCUGGAAGGAAACAUGAACAAAGAACUAGUUGUUCAAAUGGGUUUACUUGAGCCAAUUCUGGAGCUUCUGGAAUCCUGUGAUUCCACUGUCCAGUGUAACUCCUGUGCCUGCAUAAUGACUUUAGCGGUCUCAGAGUCCAACCAGGAAGCCAUCAGCUCAGCAGGAGUUGUACCCUUGCUGGCACUUGCCAACUCCUAUGAUCCUAGAAUCCAGCAAAAUGCAGUUGGAGCUAUUCUUAACCUCACACGAUCAGAGAGGAUCCAGCAAAUCCUGUGCAAGGAAGGAGCCCUCCCAAUUCUCAUCCUGCUUCUAGAGUGUCCUGACUCAGAAGUACAGUAUUACAGUUGUACGGCUCUAAGUAAUGUGGCAGCCAACUCUCAGCAUCAUGAAGCCAUGUUGCGAGUUGGUGACAGAUUACUUCUGCGGACACUCAUUUCUCUCCUCUCUUCAUCUGUGGACAAGGUUUCAUGCCAGGCAUGUGUUUGUCUGAGGAACUUGGCCACAAAUGUAAACAUUCAGGCGGAGAUCAUUGCUAUGGACAUCCUGCCCAAGCUGCUCACUCUUCUUGCAUCUAACAAUUCAGAUGUUCAACAAGCUUCUGUUGCACUCCUCUGGAUAUUAUCUCAGCACCCAGCUAACCAGGACACUCUAAUGCAGGAAGAGGUGUUGCAGAACCUGGGGGUGCUGCUGUUAACUUGCCAGAAAGACCCAGCGAUUGUUGGUCUCUCAGCCUGUAUAAUAAAAAAUCUGAGCCUUUUCAAAAAUGUACAGAGAAUCAUUGAAAGUCCAUGUGUAGGAGGACUUCUCCAGGCUAUCCUGUCUACUGAAACUCAAGAGGAAUCUCUUCAUUACCUGACAUGUUCUCUUGCCGAGCUGGCAAAGCAUGAAGGUGCCACAUUACACUUGCUAGAAUGGAUGAAUGAACCCCUGAUAAAGCGCUUAGUAAGAUUGGCUGGCCAACAGGAGCAUACAGAGCUAUCAUUUCAAGCUGCCUCCAUUGUCCGACACAUGCUAUGUUAUGAUAAAGUGAUGUCUCUGCUGAAAUGCCACCUGGGUGAAGUUCAGCACUACCUCAUGAAUUUUCUCAACCGCCAAGAGAUUCGCUUUCAGCAGCUGGGUAUUUCUACACUGGGCAAAUUACAGGAAGAUCCAGAAUUUUCAUCUGCGUUCAGCCAGAGUCAAUUGAUGAACCAUCUUGAGCAAAUCCGUCAUCAGACAGAAGAAACUCAGGAGCUCCUUAAGAUGGCUACUAGCCACAAAGGCAGUUAAAACUUUUUAUUUGUUCACCUUAGGAAAUGCUGUCCCAUACUGCAACCUGGUCCCUCAGAAGGAUAGCUUUUUUAUUACUACUUUUUAUAGUCAAUAUUUUCCUACCACUUGCAGUUCCAACCAAUACAUGAUGACCAAAUACUCUAUAUGGCCUAAAUGUUUGGAUAAUGGAAAUUAGAUUGGUGUAGAAAAAGGUUUGAAAAAAUAAGUUUCUAUCAAAAUAUUUAAUGGCUACACCUACGUGUACAUGACUGAUAAAAUACCCAAAACUGGCUACACUUUGUUUAUAUCUUUUUAAACACACUCAGUAAGCACUGUGUGUGCAAGGUUCUAGUUAUGUAAAAGCCUGCUUUUACUAAAGAGACAUUCCUCCUAAUAAAUAUUUAUAUAUGCAAACUAAUAUAUGCUCUUUGACAUUAAGAGUACUCUAUUGUUCUUCAGUGUCUGUGUUCAUUAUUGCAUAGUAACCAUGUCACUAAAGUUCCUAGAGCUACCAAAUUAAAAGAAAAGGAACUGGAAAUCAAAAAUGAAAAAUGUAAACAACAACACAGUCACUAGUGAAGAACAGUGAACUCUGACGAAGAAAAUAAUAGUAGUGAACUCACUGAGGUUGGGUGUCAUACAAACUACCACAUUUUCAUACUAGAAUGACAGAAUAAAGGACCUUAGGGUAAAAAGCAAUCGUGCCCAUUGUAUGGGUUGUGUUUGAGAUAUAGCAGUUAACACAAAUAUAUUGUCCCCACUUCCUAAAAAAACAAAACAAACACCUCAUAGCAAGUCUUCAAAUAACUGUAUAUAAAUCACACAUAAGCCCUUGAGAUUUACAUCUGAA